UCCGCUUCGCUCACCACCUAAUUACUAAAGGUAAUAGUUGGUGGCGUGGAUAGUAGAGGAACUAUCCCGCUGGCCUAGCUCCUCCCCCUUGCGUCGUAACUCCUCCCCCUUACGGAAAAGGUCCCUUAGCCCACUUGAUUCUAGCAUCUACCCUACUCCUAGGCUCCAUCUCCACACACCCCGUAGGCGGUGGUAGUAAUACUGCGCAGCAGCAGCGUGGUGCUGUUAUUGGGUUCGAUGAAAUGGCUCCUGGCUUGCGUCUUUCUUACUGGAACCCUCGUCUUAUGCGUACAGUGUACUUUCAGCUGCAUCAACAACAGCAGGCUGGUCUAUUCUGCGAUGUCACUCUACAGGGCGAUGGUGAAGGCCUUAAUGUUCACUCUUGUGUAAUUGCAGCCUGCAGUCCAUACAUAGCCAAACUUCUCACAUGUCCAGGUGAAAUGUCGGAUAUUGUUGAUCCUUCAAAACCAAUACUAUUCAAUAGACGUGUAGUACACAUUAGUGAAAUUUCCAGCCACUACUUAUUUCCUCUUGUCCGUUACAUGUACACAUCAGAACUGGAGGUUGCACCAGCAGAUGUCCAUGGUGUUCUCAAAGCAGCAAAGAAGUUACAGAUACCAGAGCUGGAGAUGUUAAAGCUGCAGGGAGGCAGGUUAGUCAGGCCUGAAUGUGGAAGAAGGCUAAACAGAAAUUGUCUUGGUAGCAUGAAACACACUCAAUAUGCAGUGGCCGACAUGCAAAAUGAUGGUUUAAGACUAGUUUUUGAGGCUAUGAAUGCCAAGAACAAUAAGAAAAGCAGCUCAGAUAUGCUGAAGAUGGAGCCAAGAAGUCAGGUAAAACAGGAGGUGGAGCUGAGCUGCCGGGGCCCUCAGGAGGUGGAGCUGAGCUGCCGGGGCCCUCAGGAGGCGGAGCUGAGCUGCCGGGGCCCUCAGGAGGCGGAGCUGAGCUGCCGGGGCCCUCAGGAGGUGGAACUGAGCUGCCGGGGCCCUCAGGAGGUGAGCUGCCGGGGCCCUCAGGAGGUGGAGCUGAGCUGCCGGGGCCCUCAGGGGGUGGAGCUGAGCUGCCGGGUCCCUCAGGGGGUGGAACUGAGCUGUCUGGAGGGCAUACUAGAGAAUGAGCCAAUUAGCCAGAGUAUAGCAGAAAAAACAGCUAGUUCACCCAGAUCUUUUCACUACCAAAAUAGGCCUGGGACAGUAUAUGAAAAACAGAAUACAGGCAGUCCUAAAAUGUUUCCAAACCAAGAGAAAGAGAUUGUCACAGUAGAAAAACAAACAGCAUAUGACAUUCAGUCAAGAAAAGGAUUGGUGAAAAGGAUACGACUGGACAGAGGAAGAAAAGAUGCUAUAUUACCUGAUAAUAAGAAUUAUAAGCCUAAGGUUCGAGUGAUGGAUAGCAAAAAUAUUAACAUAACUUCACAUCAUCUGCAGGAUGACCUGCAGUUUCUAGAGCGAUCAAGAGGACAUCAACUACCGGAUAAAACAGCAAGUGAGGGACAUGCUCAAUGUUUGGAGGGUUUGGUGGACUGUAGAUUGAGGCCAGAAAAAAUAAAAACUUCCCAUCAAACAGAAGUUACUGAUACAGCUUGGUGUAUAAGCUGUGAAAUGACUGAGCCUACAGAACAUACUGAAACUGUAAGUUUUAAUAAAUGUGAAGGUCUGGAAGGUGUAAGGAAAGAAUGGUCAGAUCUGAUGACCAAGAUGGAAAGUGAAACUGUAAACCAAAAGAGUUUACUAACAGUUGGCCAAUGUAAAUCUAAUACUGGUAUGGUAUAUCCUUAUGAUAUAACUAUGAAUGAACAGGGAAAGAGACGUCUGAGUGUGAAUGAGUCUCAAGCAAGUGAAGUAGAGAAGGUAAAACUGAGGAAAGUCAGUAAUGGGCGUAGCUGGGAAGUCGUAAGAGAAGUGGAGUCCCCGCGCACUGAGUGCACUGACGGCAGAGAAGCGGAGUCCCAGUGCACUGACGGGAGAGAAGCGGAGUCCCAGUGCACUGACGGCAGAGAAGCGGAGUCCCAGUGCACUGACGGCAGAGAAGCGGAGUCCCAGUGCACUGACGGCAGAGAAGCGGAGUCCCAGUGCACUGACGGGAGAGAAGCGGAGUCCCAGUGCACUGACGGGAGAGAAGCGGAGUCCCAGUGCACUGACGGGAGAGAAGCGGAGUCCCAGUGCACUGACGGGAGAGAAGCGGAGUCCCAGUGCACUGACGGGAGAGAAGCGGAGUCCCAGUGCACUGACGGGAGAGAAGCGGAGUCCCAGUGCACUGACGGGAGAGAAGCGGAGUCCCAGUGCACUGACGGGAGAGAAGCGGAGUCCCAGUGCACUGACGGGAGAGAAGCGGAGUCCCAGUGCACUGACGGGAGAGAAGCGGAGUCCCAGUGCACUGACGGGAGAGAAGCGGAGUCCCAGUGCACUGACGAGAGAGAAGCGGAGUCCCAGUGCACUGACGGGAGAGAAGCGGAGUCCCAGUGCACUGACGGGAGAGAAGCGGAGUCCCAGUGCACUGACGGGAGAGACAAACAGUUCAAUGAGCUGGAGCAGCUUCUGGAGGAGAUACUAAAUGUACCAUCUCCUGUGUCUCCAGUUGUGGAUGUGGGUGGCUGUAGUCCAGUGACUGUUGUGGAGGGUGUGUGGCCUGACCUGUCCUCGGACUCUGAUAUAGAUGUUGAUGUUCUUGGCUAAGGGGACAAAAAAUAUACACGUCAUGCUGAAAGCACUUAAUAGGCAGUAUGCUCAAUGUACUAUACUAAAUGGAGCAGUAGUCUUAAGGCAUUAGUGGUAAGAUCUUUUGUCAUUAUCAAUCGUAAAUUUUUAUAUUUUGCUAUUAAGCUAAUAAUUAUGGUACUUAAAUACUGUUAGUCUUUCCCUAUUCAGGUUCCACUGUUUUGAUGGCAUAGUAUUUGUAUCUUCAAUGUAAUUGAAUUUGUGUAUUUUACCAUUGGUAAUGCUUAUUUGAUUCAAAAAGAUAAUCAUAAAAAAGCAGUUUAAUUUCGUUAACUUGAUAGCUUGUAAAAUGUCUUGAUUUAUUAAGUUUUGUUUUAAAAAUUGUUUAAAAAAAAGUGAUAUGACAGGAUAAUUUGGUCUGGGGUUUUGCAGCAUUUU